AUGUCAUUGGAUGGCCACGACAAAUUGUGUGGCUACCAAAAGUCGAUGUUUCCACUGUGCAUCUAUGGUGGCCAGGAUGCAUUUAGUUCAAGAGUAAACUUUUUGAGAGUUUGGACCACAAACAAUGAUCCUCAAGUGAUUGGCAGGUUCUAUUUUGAUUACUUAUAUGAGCAUAGAGUCCUACCAAAAAUCAUAAGAAUAGACAAGGGGACAGAGACCGGUGUUAUGGCAACAAUACACUGUUUUCUGCAUGAUCGUAUUGGGGAUCUUGAAAAUCCUGUUGACAGCCCUUCAACCCAAAAUAGGAUUGAACGAUGGUGGAGAGAACUUCACCAUCGGAUGGAAAAGUUCUUCAAGGAACAGUUAAGAGGUCUUGUAGAAAAUGGAGACUAUGACUCUUCAAGCAUCACAGACAGGUAUAUGCUGUCCUUUGUUUAUAUUCCAGUCAUUCAAAAGGAGCUUGAUAUCUUUCGUGUAUCUGUGUGGAAUACUCACCAAACAAGGAAACAAAAACCAAAACUUCUUCCCACAGGCAUCCCCGAACAUAUUUACAGCUAUCCUGAGCAGUAUGCUGGUGAGAAGUAUGGUUUGCAGAUCAGUGAGGAGCUAUUGCAGGAAGUUGCAGAAUUGUCUGGGGUCUUGGGAAGUGCUGAGCAAUUCCUAGAUGAUGCUUUUCGACAAGAGUGUGAAAGGCAUAUACCAAACACAGAUGAGAUUGAAGCAGUUGAGGCAGCCAAUGCCUACUUGUAUUUAAAAGACAAUUUCAAUGAAAACAGCAUAUAA